AUGGCCUCCAUUCUGUCUCUCCGAGACAAUGGGGUCGCACUAUCGACCCGACACCUCGAGUAUGAUGUCGGGUUUGUCUUCAGCGCGAUCCUCACCUUCAGCGCUGGCUCCGUUCUAUCGUACUUGCUUGUACAACGAAUACUUGUUGCAAAAUGGUGGCGUCUACCAUUUGUCGCCUGGGUGGUCCUGUCUAUCUAUGGUGUUUCAUGGGGUUUCGUGUUCGCGUCGACCAUCGUCAACUAUGGGAUAGGAGUCAACUCGAGCCUAGGCGCCUGCUCGGCCGCGAUCCUCAUAUGCCUAUUCUGCUACGCUAACUCAAAAUGUAUCUAUUUGUUUCUCGUCGAAAAGGCGUUCAUCAUCCGAGGCGGCACGAAACGGAGACUCGAGUCUAAGCUAUACAUUUUCAACUCGUUCGGUAUAAUGACACUAUACAUGGUCGUGGGCGGCUUAAGUUUCUUCUACCGUAUGGUCCGCAUGGAAAAUGGACACUGCAUCAUUGGAAUACAAAACCCGGGGCUGGUGCCUCUUAUAGUACUCAGCAUCGUGGCUAACGUUUACAUCACGUUAUUAAUUAUAAACCCAUUUCGAGGUAUUCCCCUUUUUAAGGGACUUUCCAAUGGGACGGCCAACCCUCCUAGACUGCGCGCAGCGGCCACGCGUACUGCUACCGGCGCGCUAUGUACUAUGAUAUCCGGUGUAAUAAACUUUUCGGUUCUCAUGGCACUCCAAGGCGAACCCGGAUGGAUAUUCCUCACGUGUUGUAACGCGGAUAUCUUAUUCUCUACAUUAGUCAUCUACUGGGUAACAGCUCGCGACAACUCCAGCGCCAUCGAAUCGGCUCCCACGGCCUCCCCGUCCGCCUCUUCUAACACCCCAUCCGAUAAGCGCUCCUCGCGCCGGCCCCACUCGGCCUCCAUGACCUCACCCCUAUCCUCCGCCCUGUCCUCGCGACGGAGCCAGAAAAAAUUCACCAUCUCUCUCCCACUCAACACCACCAGCUCCUCCCAGUACGAGCACAUCUUCGGCGAGCCCGAGCCCGAGACCGAAAACCGAAAUCGUGAGUGCCGCCAGUGCGAGCACAAGAAGAAGCAACAGCGCUGCUGCUGCGGGCGCAAGCACGGCUGGCCCCUCCGCCUCGACCUCGACUUCCACACGAAGAUACAAACCCGGCUCAUUCGGUUCCGCUGA